UCUCUCCGCCCCGUCAGCGGAGCCGGUCUCCGGCCGGGCACCGUCGCGGGCCCCCCUGGCCCGGCCACCUGAGAGCGGGGCUGGGGAGUCGGCCGCCUCUCUCUCCCUGCCUUCCCUCCCUCCUUGCCCUGGUCCGCAAAGUUUGUGGCGAAGCCGGCGCCGGAGCAGAGCGCGCCCCCGAGGGGCAGGCGGAUCGGGAGCGUCCGAUGCCGGGCGGCAGGAGCCGUUGACCCGGGACGCCGCCGUCCGCAGGGCAGGGGCGCGGACCAGCCGACCACCCCGCCGCCUCCGGUGCAUGGGGCCCGGCUGAGGAGCCAGCAUGGGCAACUGCGUGGGGAGACAGCGCGGGGAGAGGCCGACCGCGCCGGGACACCCCCGCAAGCGAGCAGGACGCAAUGAGCCCCUGAAGAAGGAGCGACUCAAGUGGAAGAGCGACUACCCCAUGACUGACGGGCAGCUGCGGAGCAAGCGAGAUGAGUUCUGGGACACAGCCCCUGCCUUCGAGGGCCGCAAGGAGAUCUGGGAUGCCCUCAAAGCUGCCGCCUAUGCUGCUGAAGCCAAUGACCAUGAGCUGGCACAAGCUAUCCUGGAUGGAGCCAGCAUCACCCUGCCUCAUGGCACCCUCUGUGAAUGCUAUGACGAGCUGGGCAACCGCUACCAGCUGCCCAUCUACUGCCUGUCGCCACCUGUGAACCUGCUGCUGGAGCGCACUGAGGAGGAGGAGAGCCCCGAGCCCCCGGAGCCCACGCCCAGCGUACGCCGUGAGUUCCCGCUCAAAGUGCGCCUCUCCACAGGCAAGGACGUGAGGCUCAGCGCCAGCCUGCCUGACACAGUGGGGCAGCUCAAGAGGCAGCUGCACAGCCAGGAGGGCAUCGAGCCGUCCUGGCAGCGAUGGUUCUUCUCUGGGAAGCUGCUCACAGACCGCACACGACUCCAGGAAACCAAGAUCCAGAAAGAUUUUGUCAUCCAGGUCAUCAUCAACCAGCCCCCGCCACCCCAGGAUUGAGGGGUGCACAGACUCCUGGGAGGAAAGGCCCCAGCCUGGAGCACUAGGCCCCCACCCUGCUGCUGCCAUCGAGUGUUGUGAUGUUUCCUGAGGGUGCCUCCCCACCAUAGGGCUGCUGGCUGAGCAAGAGGGGACCUGGCUUCCCAGGGGCACUGUGGGCCAUCAGUACCCAGUGCCUGGAGAGCAGGACUGCCAUACCCUGGCCUUGCCAACCUUUUGAGGGAGAAGGCCAUGUGGGGCCUUCCCCCUUCCUGCCUCCCACAGCAGGUUUGAGCCUAGGAAGCCAGCCCAGAGACCUACGAGCCCAGAUCCGUCACUUGCCACCGCCAGCCGUACUCACUCCGGUUUUCUGCUCAGGGUCUGAUGCAGCUGCUGUGUCCCUCCUCUGCCCUGGCUCCAGUGCCAGUCCCCUAGGGAGCGGAGAGAGCCACCAGCGAGCCCCAGGGCUCAGGGAGCCCGAGGCAGGCCUCUGCUUCUCUCUGCCCCAGCACAAUCGGCAGAGAUGAGACAGGUGACUGGACAGCCGGGCUUCAUGGCAGGGUCUGUGCAGGGCUGUCUCCUGGCUGUAACCCAAGUGGUGGUGAGGGGGAAAUCUACAGCCUGGUCAUGGCCCUCAGAGCAGGUCCUGGCCACAGACAUAUCUGCAUAUUUAUCAAUAAAGCCUUUUGC